AUGGACAAAACAGCGCUCCUCGUCCUCGACGUCCAGGUCUGCCACAUCGAGGGCUUGAAAUCCGCUCUAGACACGACCGCCUACCUCUCAAGCCUCUCGCAGACCAUCGUGGCCGCCCGCGCCGCCGGCGUCCCCGUCAUCCAGGUGACGGUCAGCUUCCGCGACAGCUACGCCGACGCCUCGCCGCGCAACAUCUCGGGCGCCCGCGUGCGCGCCGCGGAUGCCUACAAGGAGUCGGACCCGGCCGUGGCGCUGCACACGGCCAUGUCCUUUGUGGCCGAGACCGAUAUCCGCGUCACGAAGCGCCGGGUCUCGGCUUUUCAUGGGACGGAUCUGGAGGUCGUGCUGAAGUCGCUCGGCGUUGGGAAGAUUGUCAUUGCGGGCGUGGCCACGAGCGGUGCUGUGUUAUCCACUGUGCGCCAGGCGGCAGAUAUGGACUACGAGAUCGUGGUGCUCGAGGACCUAUGUGCGGACUCCAAGCGUGACGUCCACGAGGUGCUGGUAGGGCAGCUCUUCCCGAAGCAAGGGACUGUGAUGAGUUCUCAGGAGUGGACGGCCCAGAUCGCGAUGGGAGGGAAGUAA